CCGGUACUCCCAAGGCAGAUCGAAACCGAUGUUCGUCCGACUAGGACUGGGAGUGGGAACAAGAAUCACUCGCGGCAUGAUAAGUUGUGAAGAUAGAGUGCAUCCUAUUGCAAUUGUCAAUAACAAACAUUACCGCUGCAGUCAGAAGGCGCAUCAUUUCACCUUGGAAGGCGCCCAUGGCCAACUCCUCCCUGGCCAGUAUUAUUGUGUGACAGAGCUGAAUACUAGAUGGAGGCCUAGUCCACAUGAUGCAUUCACUCUAUGGAAACAUCCUGCUGCGAAGCCCUAGCACGCUGCGAUGCAUAAUGCACAUGUUCGUUCCCUUGGGAGGUAGCCGUUGACGGGCCAUCCGGACUACCGUACUGUUAUAGGGAUGCGACAUUGGUCCGCGGACAUCGCCGCUUUCCUUGUCCUGCUGGCCGUGGCAUGGACACAUGGCGUCGGCGCUUCCCAUUACCGAGGCGGCCUCAUUGAAUACACAAGCAGCGGCUCACAAACAACAUUCACUGUCACCCAGUCCUGGAGGAGCGACUCCUUGGAUUACACAUCCGUCAAUGGGUGCGGCGUGUCGGCCUCCACGUCGUACUCAUCCGGCAACAUCAUCGGGUCGGGCACGGAUUCCGCCGGCAACUCCUACACUACCACCAGGACCACUUUUGUGGUCUCCACUCCAACGAGCACGUGCCGGGUCUACUUCUCCACUUGUUGUCGGAUCAGCGCACUUGUAACCGGCGGUGAUGGUGACUUCAAGUCGACUGCGCAAUUCACCACCUCCACCCGCAACUCGCUGAAGACCGCCGCAGCCGCUGUGAUGCAAGUGGGCAAGGCCUCAUCGGCAGGGGCGUACGCCAGUGUGCUGGUGCCUGUGUCUUCUGCCACCUCAUCCGGCUUCAGCUGUGCCAUCAACAGCGAUGGCGGCAUCACUCCGCCGUCGGAGUUGGCCGCAGCAGCCGUGGCGGGCGGCUGCCGCAUCGACUGGUACAACAGUGCGCGGUCGUACACGAACAAGAUCCCCGUGCCCCUUCGGGUGACCUCCACCGCGGAUGCGCACUUUGUGGACGCGGAUUUCAUCCUGGAGACUGUGAAUCUGGCCGGAGCGCCAGUCGUCGCCAUGUCGCGUUCCGGGCAGUCGCUGAGUUCCGGAGCUGCUCUGACUUUCACGACUGGGACUAUGGCUCAGGUCACCUUUGUGGCGACUGACCCAGAUGCGGGCGCCUCCAUCUCGGUAACCAGCAGCGGUGGACUGCCGGCGGGCGCGGCCCUGUCCGCCAGCUCGGGCGCAGCGCCCUUCACCACGGUGUUCUCAUGGACGCCCACCGCGGCCUCCCCCAGCUCCGGCGUGGUGCAGCUCAUCUUCAAAGACAACACCAACCUGCAGGCCUCGGCGUCAUUCUCGUUCACCAUGGCAUACACCCCGGCUCCCCCAUCCCCAGGGCCGCCCGGCCCCGAGCCUCCGUCGCCGGAGCCGCCUAGCCCUGUGCCGCCCAGUCCCGCGCCUCCGUCGCCGGAGCCGCCCAGCCCUGCGCCACCCAGCCCUGAGCCGCCGGAGCCGGAGCCGCCCAGCCCCGAACCUCCAUCGCCGGAGCCGCCCAGCCCUGCGCCACCCAGCCCUGAGCCGCCGUCGCCGGAGCCGCCUAGCCCUGAACCUCCUUCGCCGGAGCCGCCCAGCCCUGGGCCGCCUAGCCCUGAGCCGCCUAGCCCUGAGCCGCCCAGCCCCGAGCCGCCUUCGCCGGAGCCGCCUAGCCCUGAACCUCCAUUGCCGGAGCCACCCAGCCCUCAGCCGCCCAGCCCUCAGCCGCCUAGCCCGGAGCCGCCUAGCCCUGAGCCUCCGUCGCCGGAGCCGCCCAGCCCUGAGCCGCCCAGCCCUGAGCCUCCGUCGCCGGAGCCGCCCAGCCCUGAGCCGCCCAGCCCUGAACCUCCGUCGCCGGAGCCGCCCAGCCCUGAGCCGCCCAGCCCUGAGCCGCCGUCGCCGGAGCCUCCCAGCCCUGGGCCGCCCAGCCCUGAACCUCCGUCGCCGGAGCCGCCCAGUCCUGCGCCGCCUAGCCCUGAGCCGCCUAGCCCUGAGCCUCCGUCGCCGGAGCCGCCCAGCCCUGCGCCGCCCAGCCCUGAGCCUCCGUCGCCGGAGCCGCCCAGCCCUGAGCCGCCCAGCCCUGAACCUCCGUCGCCGGAGCCGCCUAGCCCUGUGCCGCCUAGCCCUGAGCCUCCGUCGCCGGAGCCGCCCAGCCCUGCGCCGCCCAGCCCUGAGCCUCCGUCGCCGGAGCCGCCCAGCCCUGCGCCGCCCAGCCCUGAGCCUCCGUCGCCGGAGCCGCCCAGUCCUGCGCCGCCUAGCCCUGAGCCGCCUAGCCCUGAGCCUCCGUCGCCGGAGCCGCCCAGCCCUGCGCCGCCCAGCCCUGAACCUCCGUCGCCGGAGCCGCCUAGCCCUGUGCCGCCUAGCCCUGAGCCUCCGUCGCCGGAGCCUCCGAGCCCUGCGCCGCCCAGCCCUGAGCCUCCGUCGCCGGAGCCGCCCAGCCCUGCGCCGCCCAGCCCUGAGCCUCCGUCGCCGGAGCCGCCCAGCCCUGCGCCGCCCAGCCCUGAACCUCCGUCGCCGGAGCCGCCUAGCCCUGCGCCGCCCAGCCCUGAACCUCCGUCGCCGGAGCCGCCCAGCCCUGCGCCGCCCAGCCCUGAGCCUCCGUCGCCGGAGCCGCCCAGCCCUGUGCCACCCAGCCCCGAACCUCCGUCGCCGGAGCAUCCGAGCCCUGCGCCGCUCAGCCCUGAGCCGCCUAGCCCGGAGCCUCCCAGCCCCGAGCCUCCGUCGCCGGAGCCGCCCAGCCCUGAGCGGCCCUGCCCUGAGCCGCCGUCGCCGGAGCCGCCUAGCCCCGAGCCUCCGUCGCCGGAGCCGCCCAGCCCUGCGCCGCCCAGCCCUGAGCCGCCUAGCCCGGAGCCUCCCAGCCCCGAGCCUCCGUCGCCGGAGCCGCCCAGCCCUGAGCCGCCCAGCCCUGAGCCGCCUAGCCCGGAGCCUCCCAGCCCGGAGCCUCCGUCGCCGGAGCCACCCAGCCCUGCGCCGCCCAGCCCUGAGCCUCCGUCGCCGGAGCCUCCGAGCCCUGCGCCGCCCAGCCCUGAGCCGCCUAGCCCGGAGCCUCCCAGCCCGGAGCCUCCGUCGCCGGAGCCGCCCAGCCCUGCGCCACCGAGCCCUGAGCCGCCGUCGCCGGAGCCGCCUAGCCCUGAACCUCCUUCGCCGGAGCCGCCCAGCCCUGGGCCGCCUAGCCCUGAGCCGCCUAGCCCUGAGCCGCCCAGCCCCGAGCCGCCGUCGCCGGAGCCGCCUAGCCCUGAACCUCCAUUGCCGGAGCCACCCAGCCCUCAGCCGCCCAGCCCUGAGCCGCCUAGCCCGGAGCCGCCUAGCCCUGACCCUCCGUCGCCGGAGCCGCCCAGCCCUGAGCCGCCCAGCCCUGAGCCUCCGUCGCCGGAGCCGCCUAGCCCUGUGCCGCCCAGCCCUGAACCUCCGUCGCCGGAGCCGCCCAGUCCUGCGCCGCCUAGCCCUGAGCCGCCUAGCCCUGAGCCUCCGUCGCCGGAGCCUCCCAGCCCUGCGCCGCCCAGCCCUGAGCCUCCGUCGCCGGAGCCGCCCAGCCCUGCGCCGCCCAGCCCUGAACCUCCGUUGCCGGAGCCGCCUAGCCCUGUGCCGCCCAGCCCUGAACCUCCGUCGCCGGAGCCGCCCAGCCCUGCGCCGCCUAGCCCUGAGCCUCCGUCGCCGGAGCCGCCCAGCCCUGCGCCGCCCAGCCCUGAGCCUCCGUCGCCGGAGCCGCCUAGCCCUGCACCACCCAGCCCCGAACCUCCGUCGCCGGAGCCUCCGAGCCCUGCGCCGCGCAGCCCUGAGCCGCCUAGCCCGGAGCCUCCCAGCCCGGAGCCUCCGUCGCCGGAGCCACCCAGCCCUGCGCCGCCCAGCCCUGAGCCGCCUAGCCCGGAGCCUCCCAGCCCGGAGCCUCCGUCGCCGGAGCCGCCCAGCCCUGCGCCACCCAGCCCUGAGCCGCCGUCGCCGGAGCCGCCUAGCCCUGAACCUCCUUCGCCGGAGCCGCCCAGCCCUGGGCCGCCUAGCCCUGAGCCGCCUAGCCCUGAGCCGCCCAGCCCCGAGCCGCCGUCGCCGGAGCCGCCUAGCCCUGAACCUCCAUUGCCGGAGCCACCCAGCCCUCAGCCGCCCAGCCCUGAGCCGCCUAGCCCGGAGCCGCCUAGCCCUGACCCUCCGUCGCCGGAGCCGCCCAGCCCUGAGCCGCCCAGCCCUGAGCCUCCGUCGCCGGAGCCGCCUAGCCCUGUGCCGCCCAGCCCUGAACCUCCGUCGCCGGAGCCGCCCAGUCCUGCGCCGCCUAGCCCUGAGCCGCCUAGCCCUGAGCCUCCGUCGCCGGAGCCUCCGAGCCCUGCGCCGCCCAGCCCUGAGCCUCCGUCGCCGGAGCCGCCCAGCCCUGAACCUCCGUUGCCGGAGCCGCCUAGCCCUGUGCCGCCCAGCCCUGAACCUCCGUCGCCGGAGCCGCCCAGCCCUGCGCCGCCUAGCCCUGAGCCUCCGUCGCCGGAGCCGCCCAGCCCUGCGCCGCCCAGCCCUGAGCCUCCGUCGCCGGAGCCGCCUAGCCCUGCACCACCCAGCCCCGAACCUCCGUCGCCGGAGCCUCCGAGCCCUGCGCCGCGCAGCCCUGAGCCGCCUAGCCCGGAGCCUCCCAGCCCUGAGCCUCCGUCGCCGGAGCCUCCGAGCCCUGCGCCGCCCAGCCCUGAGCCGCCUAGCCCGGAGCCUCCCAGCCCGGAGCCUCCGUCGCCGGAACCACCCAGCCCCGAGCCUCCGUCGCCAGGGCCUCCGAGCCCUGCGCCGCCCAGCCCCGAGCCUCCAUCGCCGCAGCCUCCAAGCCCUGCGCCGCCAAGCCCUGAACCUCCGUCGCCAGAGCCGCCUAGCCCUGCGCCGCCCAGCCCAGAGCCGCCUAGCCCUGAGCCUCCGUCGCCAGAGCCUCCGAGCCCUGCGCCGCCCAGCCCCGAGCCUCCAUCGCCGCAGCCUCCAAGCCCUGCGCCGCCAAGCCCUGAACCUCCGUCGCCAGAGCCGCCUAGCCCUGCGCCGCCCAGCCCUGAACCUCCGUCGCCGGAGCCGCCUAGCCCUGAGCCGCCCAGCCCUGAGCCGCCGUCGCCGGAGCCGCCUAUCCUUGAGCCGCCGUCGCCGGAGCCGCCUAGCCCUGCGCCGCCCAGCCCUGAGCCGCCGUCGCCGGAGCCGCCUAGCCUUGAGCCGCCGUCGCCGGAGCCGCCUAGCCCUGCGCCGCCCAGCCCUGAGCCGCCGUCGCCGGAGCCGCCUAGCCUUGAGCCGCCGUCGCCGGAGCCGCCUAGCCCUGCGCCGCCCAGCCCUGAGCCGCCGUCGCCGGAGCCUCCCAGCCCCGAGCCUCCGUCGUCAGAGCCUCCGAGCCCUGCGCCGCCUAGCCCUGAGCCUCCGUCGCCGGAGCCUCCCAUCCCCGAGCCUCCGUCGCCAGAGCCUCCGAGCCCUGGGCCGCCUAGCCCUGAGCCUCCGUCGCCGGAGCCUCCCAGCCCCGAGCCUCCGUCGCCAGAGCCUCCGAUCCCUGCGCCGCCUAGCCCUGAGCCUCCGUCGCCGGAGCCUCCCAGCCCCGAGCCUCCGUCGCCAGAGCCUCCGAUCCCUGCGCCGCCUAGCCCUGAGCCUCCGUCGCCGGAGCCUCCCAGCCCCGAGCCUCCGUCGCCACAGCCUCCGAGCCCUGCGCCGCCUAGCCCUGAGCCUCCGUCGCCGGAGCCACCCAGCCCUGGGCCGCCUAGCCCUGAGCCGCCUAGUCCUGAGCCGCCCAGCCCCGACCCGGAGCCUUCGUCGCCGGAGCCGCCCAGCCCUCAGCCACCCAGCCCUCAGCCGCCUAGUCCUGAGCCGCCCAGCCCCGAGCCUCCAUCAUCGGAGACGCCUAGCCCCGAGCCUCCGUCGCCUGAGCCGCCUGGCCCUGCGCCACCCAGCCCUGAACCUCCGUCGCCGGGGCCGCCUAGCCCUGAGCCUCCGUUGCCAGAGCCGCCUAGCCCUGAGCCUCCGUCGCCGGAGCCGCCUAGCCCUGCGCCGCCCAGCCCCGAUCCUCCGUCGCCGGAGCCACCCAGCCCUGAACCUCCGUCGCCGGAGCCGCCUAGCCCUGAGCCGCCUAGUCCUGAGCCUCCGUCGCCGGAGCCGCCCAGCCCUGAGCCUCCCAGCCCUGAGCCGCCGUCGCCGGAGCUGCCCAGCCCUGCGCCUCCCAGCCCUGCGCCGCCCAGACCCGAGCCUCCAGCGCCGGAGCCGCCCAGCCCUGAGCCGCCAAGCCCUGCGCCUCCGUCCCCUGAGCCGCCCAGUCCCGCGCCUCCACUGCCGGAGCCGCCUAGCCCUGCGCCGCCCAGCCCUGAGCCGCCCAGCCCCGACCCUCCGUCGCCGGAGCCGCCCAGCCCUGCGCCGCCCAGCCCUGAGCCGCCGUCGCCGGAGCCGCCCAGCCCUGCGCCGCCCAGCCCCGAGCCGCCCUCGCCGGAGCCGCGUAGCUCUGCGCCGCCCAGCCUGGAGCCUCCGUCGCCAGAGCCGCAUAGCCCUGCGCCUCCCAGCCCCGACCCUCCGUCGCCGGAGCCUCCUAGCUUGGAGCCUCCGUCGCCGGAACCGCCCAGCCCUGCGCCGCCAAGCCCGGAGCCUCCUAGCCCGGGCCCGGAUCCACCGUCGCCGGAGCCUCCGAGCCCUGCGCCGCCCAGCGCUGAGCCUUCGUCGCCGGAGCCGCCUAGCCCUGCACCGCCUAGCCCCGGGCCUCCGUCACUGCAACCACCAAUACCAAUGCCUCGACCAGGCAGUUCGCUUCAACCUAGUCCCGAGCGUCCAGUCCCGCAGCCUCCGGGAAAUCCUAUUGUGGCACCCAAUACAUGCAGCAGUUUGAGCUCAGGAGUGAAUGCAUCGACCGUCUGCACAGAUCCCUCUCUGCUUCAGGGAGUGGUUCCGGGACCAGUUGACAUGACGCAGCUGUACUUGGCCGCGGGCAUCACAUUCCCAUCGUCCUCCAACUCCAGCAACACCACCACCGGCUCCUACGUGGUGACCGCCUCCAACCCGGACGUGGUGAGCCCCGACAACAGCACGCAGCUGCUUCGCAUCGUGGCGGGCCUGGCCGGCAUUGACAACUGCGUGCUGGUGCCGCCGGGCCUGGUGGGCUUCAGCGGCUACUUCGCGACGCUGCUGGCCAACGCUUCCAUCCAGCUCUACACCGGGGGCAUGUGCGACUCGGGCACGGAGAUGGGCGGCGCGAUGGCCAUUCCCGCCGCCGCCACAACAGCCAGCGCAACCAGCAGCCCCAGCCCGUCGCCGGCGGCGCACAGGCGCAUGCUGCUCUCAGCUAGCUCAGCAAUGGGCGGUCGCCUCCGGCGCAUGCUAGAGGACAGCAAUGCGACCGCCGGCGGCAGCGGAGACAGUGCUGCUGGGGCGUCCAGUCCCGAGCCCGCCCCCAUUCCCCUGCAGCAACUGCAGGCGCCCGCGGACGUGUUUUCGGGCGGCCAGGUGGCAUUCAGCUUGCGCCUGUAUGCGCCGCUUAAUGAGGCUGGUGGGGCGGGCGACACGUCCGUGCGCAACGCAAUUGUUGCAGAUCAACUUAUAUUCAUGCUCCGUGUACUCCAAGAGCUAGUGCCCAUGCCGCCCAGCCCCCCAACACCGUCGCCACGGACGGAGGUCUCCCCGGACACGGCGCGGACAUGGCUGCCGCCGCCGCCGCCGCCCCCGCCUCCUGUGGACGAGGCCCCGCCAUCGCCACGGCCGCCUGUGCCUCCACCGCCGCCGCCAAGCCCCCGCCCUCCCAGCCCAGCGCCCUCCACACCGUCACCCAGCACGUUGCAAACUGCAGUCAGCAGCCCUCCGCAGCGGCCCCCACCACCGGUGCCGUCGCCACCCUUGCCCGCGGCGCCACCCCCUUCUCCCUCGCCACCACCGCCUCCCUCGCCGGCACCUCCCCCGCCUCCCUCGCCUCCCCCAGGCUCUCCCCCUCUCCCGCCUCCGCCUCCGCAGCCCCCGGCCCCGCCUGUCCUGGAGGUGUUGUGGGCGGCCUCCAGCGCCGGCCCCGUGGACCCCUACGGCAACAGCACCGCCCUGGGCUCAGCCAGCCGCCUGCUGGGCGCGCCGCGGCCCGGCGCCGCCAAGCGCACCACGUGCGGCAACGACUGGGGUACCCUCACCUGGGUGCCCACCCUGCCCACGCCCCGCUGGGUGGCGGUGCGCUUCGCGGCUCCCUCCACUGCUGCCUCCGAUGCAAACGGCCCCGCCACCCCCACAAUCAACCUGUCUUCUGUGCGGCGGCUGGGCGUGUACGUGCUGAACCUGGGCCCCCUGUCGCCCGCCAUCACCCGCAUCGACCUGCUGCUGCUGCCGGAGGCGGAGGCGGCCAGCGCGGAGACGGCGUCCAUCAGCGGGGCGGCACAGGAGGACUGGCCGCUGGUUGAGGUGCCGGUGUACCUGGGGUCGGCGGGCGCGUCCGACCUGCAGUGCCCGGCGCUCAACUGGAUUGCUGUGGAGCCCAAGGCGGUGGCGCGGGCGGCGGCGAAGGCCGCAACAGCCAACAGCACCGCGGCCGCGGGCGCCACCGCCCGUGCCGUCAGCAAGGCGCCACAAGGCUGGGUGGUGGUGGGUGCGCGCCUGAGCGCCAGCAACGCACCCGUGGACAGCAAGGCCCAGCUGCCGCAGAUACACGCCCUGGGUCUGGAGUGGGAGGUGCGGCCGCCGCCUGCAGGAGGGGGGACGGCUGCGGGCACACCCGCGCAGCAGGCAGCCAGCAGCCGCGCCAAACGCCCGCCGCCCGUGCCACCACCCGCCGCGGCGGCGGCGGGGGCCGCAGCUGCUGACCGGAGCCGCAUCGCAGGCUCCAAGGGCCGACGCAGGCACCGCCGGUAGGGUGGCGAAUAAAGUAGGAUGCAUGCCUUCUUGUGCUGAUGCGUCUAUGCGCACCCAGCAGUGAAUAAAAUCUGCUUGUGUGCAGACUUAUUAGCCAUACACUGUGCAUGUGCACUGUGCAUGUGCACUGUGCAUGUGCGUGUGCUGAUGCGUCUAUGCGCCCUCAGCAGUAAUAGGAUGAUGCUUACGAGUACGCUUACCAGCCUGUGCAUGUGUAUGGGCGAGCAGCUUUUAUACGCGGGCGUUGUAAGGUAUACGAAAAUUAUUCAAUGGGAUGGAGGUUGGGAACUUUGCACAUAGGAUGGCGCGAGUCUAGUAUUCAAUGCGUAGCCUGGGUAGUCAGGUGGCAUGUUGCCCCCCCUGGACAAAGGAUGUCGAGCCGCUGAGAUAGUGGCGCCUGCUGUGGGUUGACCGCCUGCAGUGGCACGAGCUGAGGCAAGUAUGCGCGCCAUCACAGAGACGGGGUGUUGGAAAUGACGUCAUAGGCACGCGUACCGUACAGAUGCGUGGCAGGAGUUUCCCGGUGCGUCACGGCACGAACUAUAUGCCGGAUUGUUCGAUUGGCGCGGCCUGUGGUAAUGCGCAUGACUUGCUGAUUUAAUGUUUUUUGGGGCUGAGCCCCCGGGGCGCAGCGAUUCAGGGGGUGUGAAGCCCCCCAGGAACACCCUGUCGUGCGUGCGCCGUGCGUGCGUGCGUGGCUCGGCACCAGACUCCAUACUCGCGCAAAGCACGAGUAUCACGUAUUAUAUCUGGGAAAUACCUUCCAUGUCUCAUUGCUAACAUCUGCUAACAUUUUGUCAUGAGUGGCCUGGGUAUCGUGCAUGAGUUGUAUAUGUUCUUGAAUUACAGAAGGCGGAAUGUGGGGGAAUCCGCGCGUGCGUGUCUAUGCACCAUGCAAGGACCAAACCCGGAACCCAUGCGAAGGUAAAAGCCAGAGAGCUACCCGAUACGGUAUACGGUAGUCAAGUAAUGUGGCGUGGUACGGGGGUCCCAUACACUGCAUAGAUGCUGCAGCGCGGACAGCUCUACACACUCUUGAGUCCGGGUCCAGCAGCGGGUCCUGCAGGCUUCAGCCGCGGCGUGCCUAAGUGCCUGUGACACCCAACGUGCUUGUGCGUGCUUUUGCAUGGAGCUGAGAGCGCUACGGGCCCGUGGCGAGUGAGCGCGCGCCCGUAGCGACUUCACAGAAAAUCUCGUGGGCGGACAAUCAGUUUCAUUGGCGGGGCCGGAAAGGGGCUUGCAUCUGGUGGUAGGCCGGCGCCGCUGGCGAGAAGGGCCCUAAACAUGUUCUCGCCCACGGCAUCCAGAGGCCCCAAAAUGCCUAGCUUUUAGCGUUUUUUACCGGGGAUUUGGCGAGCCGGGGGCGGAGCGAAGCCCCCAGGAUUGCCCCUGUCCGUGCCUGCAACGUCCACAAACGGGCCA